GUGGCUGGUUGGUAAUGGCAGCGACGUCGGCUUCGGAACGACUACGACGGGGCGACGGCAGUCAGUAGCAACAAACAGCCAGCGACAACCACACUCGGCACGAGGCGAACAUUGAAAGGCAAUUUGCAAUUCUGGUCUACCUUGUUCGAAGUCUCGGCUCGGCUCAGUCGGUCGCUAGUGGCUUCAGGCUUCAGUUCACUUCUAGCCGGUUCGCCAAACGGUCGCGGGAACGCAGCAGUAGCAGCCACAGCAACAGUGGUACGAUUCGCGCGCGCCUCUGCGUUUCGACGUUUCGGAGCGAUUGAUCGUUGCCUUGCUUGCCGGUCGUGGUGGUUCAGGAAAAUCCGUGCAGGCAAAAAGGAGAAAACGGAAAAAUGAAAAUUUAAGAUUUUUCAUCAACGUUAGUUUCACUACUACACGGUGUUCCAGCGGUGCAUCAGCGAAGAAAGAAACAAAUAGUGCAGUUUUGUUUGACGUUGCCAUUCCGAGUGUUCAUUGACGUAUACCCCCGUUCCGUUUUCGCUUUCAUUCGGUGCGGAUCUGAGUGUUUUUUUUUAUACCGUGAGCAAAAGAUUCUACUGGUGUGUUACAGUCAUCUUGAGGCAGUGAAAUUUUUCCCAACAGCAAAACAGUGAGGAAUUACUGUGUAUCGGUGCUACAUUCCAGAACGAAACUUGACUUUUUGUUUCGACUGAGCAAGAAUCGAGUGCCCGGAACAAUUGCAUGCUGGGGGCCCUCUUGCCAAUCCAACUUUGCAGAAUGUGAAGAAGACAAUGACCAACAAGAAAGCAAACGAAAGCAAAAAAAACAGCGAAAUUCCAUGAUUCCAGUUGAAUUCGCGUCAUCGCCGCAACCCGUACAAAAUGAGUGAUUGUGCUAAUUGAGUGAACAAACUCGUGCAAACGAAUACGUUUUCGCAUGGUGGUGUGUGAUCAGAAAAGGUAAAGAGGUUUGCUGCUGAAAUAGCCUGAACUUUGGAUUACGGCUGCAGCAGCAACAGCAACAGUAGCAGUGUUCAACUGAAGAUCGGUUCUCGCACCCCGCAUUUCCCGAAGUGCUGAAUCAUCUCGAUCGAUCUCGUCGUGGAGUCUUUCGUCCAGUGUGAUCGUGUUGUGAACCGAGCAAUGUUGAAAAAGGAGAAACCCAUGCUGUCGGUAGCGGCAAUCAUUCAGGCACAGGGACGAUGGGAUCGAACGCUCCCGUUGGCGGGGCUGGCAGGUUUCGAUGCCGCCCUCGUCGGUCACAUGGGACCGCUGUCGCCGCAGGACAUGAAACCGGAUCUGAAACCGGACAUCUCACUGCUGAAUGGAAGUGUAGGUCCGUUCUCGCCCGGUAAUAACUGCGGCCCGGGCAGCCCGGGAGCGUUCAAUCAACAGGUCGCGGCAGUUCUACAACAGCAGCAGCAAAAUGUCAACAGUCAAAGCAGUCUCAACAGUCCACAGCAGCAGAUGCAAAAUUCUGGCAACGGCGGUGGUGGAGGCGGUGGCGGUGGAGCUGGAAGUGGCGGAGGUGGAGGUGGUGUCGGAUCAGGCCAACACUACCCACCAAAUCAUCCGCUCAGUGGUUCGAAGCAUCUGUGCUCGAUCUGUGGCGAUCGGGCCAGUGGAAAGCACUACGGUGUCUAUAGCUGUGAAGGAUGCAAGGGAUUUUUCAAACGAACGGUGCGGAAAGAUCUGUCCUAUGCCUGCCGGGAGGACAAAAACUGCACGAUAGACAAACGCCAAAGAAACCGCUGUCAGUACUGUCGCUAUCAGAAGUGUCUCGCGUGCGGCAUGAAACGGGAAGCCGUCCAGGAGGAACGGCAACGGAGUUCCAAGUUCUCCAUAAAGGUAAAGGUACCGGUGGUAGCCCAUUUGACAUCAGUCGCGCAAGUUGAUACUGAAAGUUUGAUUUUUUUCCAGAAUGAGGAAAUCAACUCAACCAGUUCGGUGCGUGAUGUUACGAUCGAGCGAAUCCAUGAGGCUGAACUGCUGAGCGAACAGAAGAGUGGUGAUAAUGCGAUUCCAUACUUACGGGUCGGGUCGAAUUCAAUGAUUCCUCCGGAAUUCAAGAUCCCCGUGUCACACCUGUGUCAGAUGGUGAACAAACAAAUCUACCAGUUGAUCGACUACGCUCGACGGAUGCCCAACUUCACCAAUCUCCACCGGGACGACCAGGUGAUGUUGCUUCGAUGCGGCUGGAACGAGAUGUUGAUUGCGUCCGUUGCCUGGAGAAGCAUGGAGUACAUCGAAACCGAACGCUCGCCGGACGGUAGCCGGGUGAUGAUCCGGCAGCCACAGCAGCUAUGUUUAGGACCGGGUUUUACCCUUCAUCGGAACAGCGCCCUGCAGGCUGGGGUGGACACGCUGUUCGAUCGUAUUUUGUGUGAGCUCGGUAUCAAAAUGAAACGGCUAGAUGUAACACGGGCCGAGCUGGGCGUUCUCAAGGCUAUUAUCCUGUUCAAUCCUGAUAUUCGAGGACUGAAGAGCCAGAAAGAGAUCGACCAGAUGCGGGAAAAAAUCUACUCCUGCCUGGACGAACACUGCAAGCAGCAGCACCCGGCGGAGGAGGGACGAUUCGCCCAGUUGCUACUGAGGCUGCCGGCCUUACGGUCGAUCAGUCUCAAGUGUCUCGAUCAUCUCAAUUUCAUACGGUUGCUCAGUGAUAAGCAUUUGGAUAAUUUUAUUAUUGAGAUGCUCGAUAUGCCGAUGUAAAAACAAACAAAAAAAGAAUAUUGACACACUUACGGUAUUGUUCUCCUCAUCACAUUUAUUAUUUUUAUCGCUGCUAAUAGGAUUACUUUCUGCUGCUGUAGAAAGCUUGAAAGUUAGGACUUUUCUUAUUUCAGAAAAAAAACAGUACUAUGACGUUUUAAGCAAAUUGUAGGACUCAGUAACUUAUUAAAUGAUAAAUAUAUUUUAAUAUAUAUUAAAUAUGAACUAAAGUAAAAAAAUUAAAACAAAGGUGCAAAUAGAUUUUAUGAA